UCAGCGCGGCUCGUCCCCGCCCAGACGUCCCUCGCUAGAUCGCGUUAUCGCUGUUGCUCCCGGGAACGCCGGGAGUUGUAGUCCCAAGAUGCACUUCUGCCCACAGUGAAGGGAGAUUGAGAACUACUCGACCCAGAGAGCCGAGCGCGGAGCGGGUUCCGCUUUUAGGAGGACCCCGGCCAAAAGUCGGCGCCAAGCAGGAACCCGCGUCCGGGAACAGAGUAUUUUGCUCCUCCCUCAGAAUGAAUGGAGACCAGAAAUCAGACGUUUAUGCCCAAGAAAAGCAGUAUUUUCUUCAGCACUUCUCCCAGAUUGUUAAGGUGCUGACUGAAGAUGAGAUGGGGCACCCAGAGACAGGAGAUGCCAUUGCCCGGCUCAGGGAGGUCCUGGAGUACAAUGCCAUUGGAGGCAAGUACCAGCGGGGUUUGACAGUGCUGGUAGUAUUCCGUGAGCUGGUGGAGCCAAGGAAACAGGAUGCUGAUAGUCUCCAGCGGGCCCUGACCGUGGGCUGGUGUGUGGAACUGUUGCAAGCUUUCUUCCUGGUGUCCGACGACAUCAUGGAUUCAUCCCUCACCCGCCGGGGGAAGAUCUGCUGGUAUCAGAAGCCAGGUAUAGGUUUGGAUGCCAUCAAUGAUGCUUUACUUCUGGAAGCAUGUAUCUACCGCCUGCUGAAGUUCUACUGCCGGGAGCAGCCCUAUUACCUGAACCUGAUUGAGCUCUUCCUGCAGAGUUCCUAUCAGACUGAGAUUGGGCAGACCCUGGACCUCAUCACAGCCCCCCAGGGCAGUGUGGAUCUUGGCAGAUUCACUGAAAAGAGGUACAAAGCUAUUGUCAAGUACAAGACAGCUUUCUACUCCUUCUACCUUCCUGUAGCUGCUGCCAUGUAUAUGGCAGGCAUUGAUGGGGAGAAGGAACAUGCCAGUGCCAAGAAGAUCCUGCUGGAGAUGGGAGAGUUCUUUCAGAUUCAGGAUGAUUACCUUGACCUCUUUGGGGAUCCCAGUGUGACUGGCAAGAUUGGUACUGACAUCCAGGACAACAAAUGCAGUUGGCUGGUGAUUCAGUGUCUGCAACGGGCCACUGUGGAACAGCGCCAGAUUCUGCAGGAGAAUUAUGGGCAGAAGGAGGCGGAGAAGGUGGCCCGGGUAAAGGCGCUAUAUGAGGAGCUGGAUCUGCCGGCUGUGUUCUUGCAGUAUGAGGAAAACAGUUACAACCACCUUAUGGGGCUCAUUGAGCAGUACGCUGCGCCCCUGCCCCCCGCCAUCUUCCUGGAGCUAGCGCAGAAGAUCUACAAGCGGAAAAAGUGACCUAAAGUCUGCAAGGGCAUGGAGGGGAUGCGCUCAAUAAAUUAUUGUGUAAUCUUG